UUGAGGUAUAUGAGCGCCACAUCAAACAUCGUACACGAUUGCGAUGAGGUUUUUAAUUACUGGGAGCCCCUCCAUUUACUCCUAUACAAGUCCGGCUUUCAGACCUGGGAAAACAGCUCACAGUUUGCAUUACGGUCAUAUUUGUAUAUUCUUCUCCAUGAAUUGGCUGGUGGGCCUGCUUCCUGGUGGUUUCAUGACGAAAAAGUGGGAUAUUUCUGCCGGAAUCCUGAACUACUUUUUGCUGAUUCUGGUUUCUCUCUUUUUUCUCUUUUCAUUUCUUGAUUCUCUGUGCUGAAGAAGCUUACAUAAUUCAGUUGAAAGUCUUCUAUGUGGUACGAAUUUUUCUUGGCUCUCUCUCGGUCAUGGCAGAUGGUGCCCUAGUUGUAGCCCUAUCCAGGAAGUAUGGAAAACGUCUUGCUUCAUAUACACUUGCAAUGCUAUGCUUAGCAAACGGCUGUUUCUUCGCUAGCACUAGCAUGUCGUUGAAAUAAUUGUUACCUAGCCCGCACUCUUUUCUCUUUUUUAUAAUUCAUUGGUUAUGCAUUUUUAUGUGACCAUGAGGACUAGGUUUUUUUACUCACAGUUGUUCUUUUUUAUUUUUAUAAAAAAAUUUACUAAUUU